UCACCAAACAAAAACAUUCAAAUCUCAUAUACUAAAUAACAUCCUCUUCAGAGACAAUAAAGAGAAUGACACUUCUUCACUUGUCUCUCUCCCUCUUCUCAUGUCUCUUCCUUGUCCUAGCUCCGACUUACGUUGCUUCCUCUCAAGUCUCCGACCCUGAACUCGUAGUUCAAGAAGUUAACCAACAGAUAAAUGCUUCUAGGAGGAAUCUUGGUGUCCUCUCAUGUGGGACCGGAAAUCCAAUAGACGACUGCUGGAGAUGCGACCCCAAAUGGGAGAAAAACCGACAACGACUAGCUGAUUGCGCCAUCGGGUUUGGCAAACGCGCAAUAGGCGGCCGUGACGGCAAAAUAUACGUGGUGACCGACCCGAGCGACAAAGACGCGGUUAACCCUAAACCCGGAACGCUAAGACACGCUGUGAUCCAGGAAGAACCGCUAUGGAUCAUCUUCGCACGUGACAUGGUCAUAAAGCUGAAAGAAGAGCUGAUCAUGAACUCGUUCAAGACCAUAGAUGGACGUGGAGCGAACGUCCACAUCGCAGGCGGCGCGUGCAUCACUGUCCAGUACGUGACCAACAUCAUCAUUCACGGCAUAAGCAUCCACGACUGCAAGAAGAGAGGCAAUGCUUACGUCAGAGAUUCACCGUCGCAUUAUGGAUGGAGGACUGCAUCUGAUGGUGACGCCGUCUCUAUUUUUGGUGGAUCCCACGUGUGGGUAGACCAUUGCUCGUUGUCGAACUGCGCGGACGGUCUGGUCGACGUGAUCCAUGGGUCGACGGCCAUUACGAUCUCUAAUAACUACUUGACGCACCACGACAAAGUGAUGCUUUUGGGACACAGUGAUUCGUACACGAGAGACAAGAACAUGCAAGUCACCAUUGCUUUUAAUCAUUUUGGUGAAGGGCUUGUUCAGAGAAUGCCCAGAUGUAGGCAUGGAUAUUUUCAUGUGGUAAAUAACGAUUAUACGCAUUGGGGAAUGUAUGCAAUUGGUGGGAGUGCGGCUCCAACGAUUAACAGUCAAGGCAAUAGAUUUCUCGCUCCAAAUAAUAAAGUCUUCAAAGAGGUGACUAAAUACGAAGAUGCACCACAAAGCAAAUGGAAGAAUUGGAAUUGGAGAUCAGAAGGCGACUUGUUCCUAAACGGUGCGUUUUUUACGCCCUCAGGUGGAAGAGCUUCUUCAAUGUAUGCAAAAGCUUCUAGUCUGUCCGCUAGACCAUCCUCGUUGGUAGCUUCCGUCACGGGCAAUGCUGGUGCUCUCUCUUGUAAGAAAGGGUCUCGAUGUUAAUCUGAUCCACCUACUAAAGUUAUAAUGUAUCUAAUUAAAUUGAAAAAGGAUGUGCUCGUCCUACUAUGUCAAUAUUUUGUUGCCCGUUAGUUUUUUUAUUAUGGGGAGGGUUAAAGCUGUAAGUUGGACUUGAUGUGUAUACUAAAGUAUUAAAGUAUUGUAUGGAUUCCCUUUGGACCAAUGGGUUUCUUUUAAACUUUUUGGAGUAGGGACAUAUGUAUGUUGUGGUGGGGGAUGUGUGCAAGUGCUGCAAGAUUGUUGAUUCUAUAUUUAUAUAUAAAUGAAAUCAACAGCUUAA